AUGGUACCAUCGGUAUCCUCGUAUUCUUCACCAAAAAAACUCCUCUUACAUGCAUCAAUUCUACGUCAUUUGCAACUGUUCAUUGGUUUCUGUAUUUUACCUUCGAAUAUUCCCUACACAUACUGCGUGGUUUGUAUUGGUAUGCUUUGGGAUGCAUUCGCAGUGCCUGCAUCCAUCGGUCCAUUGCGACGUAUCAGUGGAAAAGCUCACGAAUACAGCGACCAAGAAGCAAAGAGCAAACAUAUCCAACAGCGUAAAGCGUUAGGUCGCAAAAGUAAUAUAUGUGAUAUAACGAUUCGGAAAAUUUGUACAAAGCUUGGAACAUCUGACGAAUAA